GCUGGGUGGAUCCAACUCUUGAUUUUGGCUCAGGUCGUGAUGUCAGGAUCAUGAGAUCGAGCCGCAUGUGGGGUUCCACACUCAGAGCAGAGUCGGCUUGGGAUUCACUCUAUGACAGCACAGACCAUGGGAGGUGGUGAGAUGUUGGCCGUCGGUCAGAGAGGGGACACUGGGAGCAGAAUGUGGAGCAGGCAGAGGGAAACCCCCCUAGGUGGGCAUCUGUGGCUUGCUAUAGUGCUCUCUCCAGAGGGUUGCUCCUGGGCAGACAGAGGGAAUGGCUGCAUUUGGCCCGUAGGAUGUAAUUGGUUAACCGCUUGGGUGCUCAGUGGGAAGCCAUGGCAAGAUUUUAAGCAGGGGAGAGAUGAAGGCUGGCAUAUGUGUUUAAAAAGUUGAUGGAGGGGCGCCUGGGUGGUUCAGUCAUUAAGAGGCUGCCUUUGGCUCAGGUCAUGAUCCCAGGACUCCCAGGAUCGAGUCCCGCGUCUGGGCUCCCUGUUCCACGGGGAGCCUGCUUCUCCCUCUCCCACUCUCCCUGCUUGUGUUCCCUCUCUCUGUGUCAAAUAAAUAAAUAAAAAUCUUAAAAAAAAAAAAAGCCAGUGGAAGCUGUUCCAUUCCAGGCUAUAACUGAAAGACCUAGAACUGGUGCCCAGACAAAUACGUGGGCACACGGGGUCCUGGCAGUGCUUCGCACCAUAGCCAAAGGGUGGGAACAACAGAAACAUCCCUCAGGGCAUAAGCGGGCAAGCAAAAGGCGAUAUGUCCAUGAGCUCGAACACUCCUCAGCCCUGAAACAGAAGGGAGCUCUGGCACACACAGCAACGUGGAUGAAACUUGAAAACAGGACAUCCAGUGAGAGAAGCCAGACGCAAAAGACCAUACGUUGCCUGUUUCUGCUUUUAUGAACUCUCUGGAAUGUUCUGAACAGGUGACUCCGUAGAGCAGGAAAGCGGACUAGCGGUUGCCCGAGGCUGGGGGGGCCCAGGGGUCGGGAGUGGCCGCUUUAUGGGAAGGGGCUCACCUUUCCAGGCACUGAAGACGUCUGGGAAGGAGAUAGAGUCGCCUGACAUUGUAAAUAUCCUAAAUGCCAUUGAGCUGCUGGCUUCAAAAUGGUUAGUUUUAUGUGAUGUGAAUUUCGCCUCCAUAAAAUUAAAUUAAGUUAAAAAUAAAAUAAAAUAAACAAGCUCACGCUAGGUAGAGGGCAGAGAAUGAAUUACGAGAUGGCAAGAGGGAAAGAGAGUGACGAGCCACAAACCACAACCGGCCAGAGCCAGAAUCGGCAGGUUGGGCCACUGUAACAAGACCCCUACACUGGGGGAGGCGGUGGCGGGAGGGGGCGGGGGCCUUAAACAACAGACAUUUAUUUCUCAGUGUUCUGGAGGCUGGGGGUCUGAGAGGCCGGUGCCAGUGUGGUUGGGCUCUGGUCAGGGCUCUCUUCCCGGCUUGCAGACCCAAAAAGAGAGCAGAUCUCCCAGUAGGGCACUCAUCCCAUUCCAGAGGACUCCACGUUCAUGACCUAGUCCCCUCCCCCAAGACCCCACCGCCAGAUACUGUCACUUUCAGGAUCAGGACUUCAGCAGAGGACUGGGGAAGGGAAACAAACAGUCCACAGCACUCGGGCAAGGUGGGAACAGUGGGUGUACCCACGGGGGGCUUGGGUGGAGGUCUGCCUUGGAGACUGAGUCACCGGGGCUUUGCUGAAAGGUGGGAUGUGAGGGAUGAGAAAAGACGGGGCUACACAGGCUAAUUCAGGGUGCCCCCCAGGACAACUCCCAGACCAAUAGUUCCUCCACCUGACUGUGAGUUCCCAUUAAAACUUGCAUGCACACACACGUGCACACACACGCACACACACGUGCACACACACACCCUAUGGAAAUCACUCUUGUAUUUCCCGCCGCUCUUACUACCCUCUAACACACUGUAGAGUGUCUUCUUAUUUACCAGGCUCGUUGUCUCUCGCCCCACUGGAGUAGGAGUCCAGAAGACCAGGGGCUUUGGUCUCUCUUAUUCACGGCUGUGCCCUCCAACCUAGAACAGUGCCCAGCACACGGGAGAUGAUCUAGAAAUAUUUGGUAACAGAGUCAAUGAGGCGGCCGCAGGGAAAAGCUGGGGCCUCCCCGCUCGGUCCCUACCUGAGUCACAUCUUCAGAUGCCCCUGGAAAGUGUGAGAGGCCACAUGAGUGAGAGUGAGACGGGGCCAGCCUGGGGGUGGGGGGACAGGAAGAAGAGGAGGGCCAGUGGGGAAAGGGGAGGGGCUGAACCCCUGCUCUAAAGGCAGCCCCGGGACCCACGGGUGCCUGUCUGCAGCGUGCAAAGCCCAGGAGGCUUGGGCAAUUGUGGUUUCCUCCCUGCCCUCGGGGACGCAGCCGUACUAGCCCAGCCCCCCGCGUGUCUCAGGACCUCAUCUGCUCAGGCAUGGAGGAGACAGUUGUGCGACCUUCGGUGUUCACGGUGGACGGGCAGACCGACAUCCCAUUCAGGAGGCUGGGGCACAGGCGUCGGAGAUGGCCCUGCAGUGCAGCCCAGCUGGGCCUGGGCUUCCUGCUGCUGCUGCUGGCCGCCGGGUUGGCCGUCCAGGGCUGGUUCCUGCUUCAGCUGCACUGGCGCAUGGGGGCUAUGGUCACACCCCUGCUGGACGGAGAUGCGGAAUCCUGGAAGCAGGUGAUGCAAGAGCGGAGGUCCUAUCAGACCAACCCAGCCGCACACCUUACAGGAGCCAAUUCCAGCCUGACGGGCAGCGGGGGCCCGCUGCUCUGGGAGACGAAGCUGGGCUUGGCCUUCUUGAGGGGCCUCGGCUACCGCGAGGGCUCCCUGGUCAUCGCCCGGGCCGGCUACUACUACGUCUACUCCAAAGUGCAGCUGGGAGGCGUGGGCUGCCCGCCGGGGCUGAGCGGCAGCCUGCCCAUCACCCACGGCCUCUACAAGCGCACACCCCGCUACCCCGAGGAGCUGGAGCUGCUGGUCAGCCGGCGGUCCCCCUGCGCGCGGGGAGCCAACUCCCGCGUGUGGUGGGACAGCAGCUUCCUGGGGGGCGUGGUGCACCUGGACGCCGGUGAGGAGGUGGUGGUCCGCGUGCCCGAGGAGCGCCUGGUCCGACUCCGCGACGGCACCCGCUCCUACUUCGGGGCUUUCAUGGUGUGAAGGAAGGAGUGACCGCAGAUCACGGGGGUUGGGCAGGCAGCGGGACCUCAGAGGUGCUUUGGGGAGCCCCAAACUCAGCAAGCAAAGGGCUCGGCGGGCACCUCCAGGGGCCGAGGACCCAGCCACGCCGAAGGCUGAAGACCCAGCGGGCACCAAAGGAAACCCUGUGGACCCUGCCACGGGCUGUCCUGAAGACAAAGACCCGCGGACUCGGGGGUCUGGAGGCCCCCAGUGGGGGAUAGCUAAUCUGCCUGAUAUUCAGGAAGAAAGGGCGAGGGGUGGGUAUUUAUGAUUUUGAUUCAGAGAAGAGUGGGACUUGGGGGUCCGGGGACUUGGCUGAAGACAGGAAGCCUCACUCUCAUGAGCGUGGGCAGCUGGGGGGAGAGAGUCAUCAUCAAGACUCCUCCGUGUGGACAGCCCAGCCCAGGCCCACCCACGGCCACAGUCACAUAUUCAAGUUCCGCCGGCAGCCGCCUGGCCCCCCCUUCUUCUGGCCGUGUGAGGUUAUUCUCAGAGACUCUGCACAGCCCGUGUGCCGCAUGCCGGUAAUUGUGUGACAACCGGCUCUCCCGGGAGGGAAGAGACUUUGUAGUAUCUGCAAUUUCCUUGGUGUCGUUACUCCCAUGGCGGCUGGUUUCCUGCUACCAAGGCAUCACCUGUGGGCCAGCUCCUGGCUCUGUCGCAUUCCUGUCCCACUAGGACGUGCCGUGGUGUUUCAGCACCCAGGUCAGGGCCUGGCCCCUGGAAGGCACCUGGAAAACGCUUGCACAGAGGAAGCCCUGAGGGUGGAAACGAAGGAAGGAAGAAGGAAGGAAGCGGGGGAGGGCCUUGGAGGGAGCGAGAAUGCAGACACACCUAGGGUGUCACAGAGAAUCACACAGCCCCACAAUUGCUUUAACAACUGCACUCAUACACACAAAGCAUCGUAUUCUCGCACAACUACACACCCGUCAUAGCGUCACAAAUAGUCACAGACAUUAUGUGAGAACCACAUAUGAACAGUCAUACCCAAGUCAUCAUCACAACCACAGUCACCCACAGGGGCCGUACAGUCACAUCAAGUGUGACACAUGGGAUGCCAUGAUCAUCACACUGGACUUCCUCGUGCUGUGUCAUGGUCACACACAUCACACACACAACAUCACACACACAUGCAUGCAGCCUAAGGUUUCUCCCACCCAAGACGGAUACAUCCUGGGAUGAGGACCAGACUCUGUCUGAAACCCUGGGCUCCCUGACCACGGGUCUUGGAAAUA